CAUAGAUCAAGAUUCUCAAACUGGUAUUAUGCAAUCAUAUAUUAGUUUAAAAACAAGCAGAAUCACAAUUAAUAAUAAAACAGAAUCUACUCAGUUUCCUUCUAGUUUUACUCUUCUCAAUAUGAAAAUUCAUAGUUACUGA